AUUUUUGCCUCGUUGGAAGGUAGUUUCAAGAGGAAGUGGUGCCGCGACAGUAGACUACUGUUAACAGCAGCGAAGAAACGCUGAGUGGAGAAAGCCAAAGACACCCGGACGCUCUCACUCGAAUGGUAUUUUGUGACCUGUCAUCGAACGAUGUCAGUCACUGAGGACCUUCCCGACAUGGAUGGAACAGACCUGUUGGGGCUGCUGUUCCACAAUGAAGUGGAUGGAUCCACUGAGCCCCUGUUUGCUGAUGGGAAUGGACUCAUUGAAUCCUGGCUGUCGGAGCAAGAUAUGCUGACGGGAAUGGAUACUGAAGACUUUCUGUCCAGCUUGUUGGAGGGAGGGUACAACAUGGAGGCCAUGGGCCCCUCUCACUCCCCCCUGGGCAGCGACAGCGGCAUCUCCGACGACAGCAGCACCGGGGUUGGAAACAACACCGGUCUGGGAUGCCCGAGUCCCCAGGGCAGUGGCAGUGACAGCGACGUGGUGCCCAGUCCCCGCUACUCGCAGCCCAGCCCGGUGCACUCGGACCAGGCCCCGGCCCCUGGAGAGAUGCAGACGGAGAGCCCAGAGUCUCUGACAGUCCAGGCGGAUCACAGCUACUCGCUGCUGCAGAGCGGAGGCCGCGACAUGGAUGUCCUGCAGAGUGUGAGGGCAGAGAAGCCAGAUACAGAUGUCUUCAUUGAUCUGGACGACUUGGUGAGUGAAGCAAUAGAGGAGGACUUCACAGACGAGCUGCCUUGCACUUUGGACAUGGAGGACUCAACGCAGGAUUUGACUCCAGCAGAUCAGUUCCAGUUUCAUGAGAUUGUGCUCACUGAGGAAGAGAAGCGGCUUUUGGGGAAGGAGGGAGCGACAAUUCCCACACACAUGCCACUCACAAAGGCUGAGGAGAGGACCUUGAAGAGGGUCAGGAGGAAGAUACGCAACAAGCAGUCUGCUCAGGAGAGCCGCAAGAAGAAGAAGGUGUAUGUCGACGGACUGGAAAACAGGGUCGCCAUCUGUACCGCACACAACCUGGAACUACAGAAGAAAGUGCAAAUGCUCCACAAACAGAACAUCUCUUUGAUAGAGCAACUGAAAAAAUUGCAGGCAAUCGUGAAGAUGUCGACAAUGAAGGCCAGCACGACCAGCACUUGUGUCAUGGUGUUCCUGCUCUCUUUCUGUCUCAUCAUCUUCCCGUCGGUCAAUCCAUUUGGGGCCAACAAAGAUCAGAAGGAGCUCUACACACCCUCUUCCAUCAUCGUUUCCCGGACUUUGCGCUCGGUGCCACAAGAGAGCCUGGAUGCCAUAACCUACGUCGAGGACGAGGGAGUCCUCUUAGUGCCCCAAGCCGAGCUGGAGAACCUCAAAGCCUUAUCCAUCGGCGGCCAGAAGAAUCACACGCCCGGCUUCGAGGCGGUGGAGCAGCCCGACCCCGAAACGGGAGUCAGCAGCAACUCCUCUGCGGACUUCCUCCCCGGUGCCGCUCAGGCCGCGGAGAUGAAGCCGGCGCCGGCUGGCGGAGCGGGGCCCUUGCAGGAAGGAUCCUUGGAUGCCGCUGUGGCGUACGAAGUCCCGGGAUCCAAGGACAACUGGAUAGAGCGGAACCCUCCGUCCGUCAUACUGCAGCAGCGCCGCUCAGACGAAAUGUAGUGGGAGAUGACGAUCGAUGUAACCAGCAGAGGGAGCUAUACGUUCCUACUGCUUUGCCAGAGGGAAGCUUUAACUUGCAAAAGGAUGAAGGGAACAUACCAGUAAUUAUUAGGCUCUUUAAUCAAUCUUCUGUCCCUCUAAUAACCUUCAGAUGUACUACUGUUUACUUUAUUUGCACUUUUUGUCCGGUAGGCAAAAAGGAACUGGAGAGAUUUCUGUAUUUCAGGCGUUUAAACUACCUAAAGAAUUGGACACUGCCGCCAUAAACGACACAUGUUUACAGCUGUAGGCCACAUACAACUUAAGUAGCACUGAGGGCUCAUAUUUCUUUUUAAUGCACAAUGCGGCGCUGAUGGCAGAAGAUCCUUUUUAUUGCUAAAUUUUAGGGGGUCGGUUCUAUGUUUGGUCCAUGUCUCUCAUCAACGCCGGCAAAUCAAGAUAGUACCAUCUGAUGCCCAUGAAGGACUCCCGGUACAUUGUUGUGAAAAUAAGUAGUCCAACAGUUUGCACUGCAGACUAGCCAGAAACAUCCAUUGCGUAGUAGAAAAUAGGCUGCUUGAUUCUCGUGAAGCUUGAAUAAAGUGGUUGCUUGACCACCGUAAUGCUUAAGCCAUUGCAGGACAUUUGGCCAUUUAGAAGACUUUUAAAGUUUUGUUAGUAUUUCCCUUGUAACAAGGGUAUCCAUGCUCCUUUUUGAAAACAAAUGGAAAGCUUUGUUUUUAUGUUGUACAGUAAAGCAAGAAAUAUGUCAGAAUUUAAAAUAAUAAACUAGUCACUGAAUUUGCCAUCGUUUGCCCACCGUAGUCUACCCCUACAAUCCGUUUCCCACUUCAUAGGAAGCUCUCAUCUUCCAGAACGUGCCUGGAAUACCGAAGCACCCGUGUGCACCGACCAGGGGGUUUGAAUCUGUGUAUAAUAUAUGAACCGUGUUGCAGUAAAAUGUACUCAAAUGUAAUGACCUGUUUUGUCAGUGAGGCAUUUCUUUCUUUUGUUGUUUCUUAUGUUCCCAUCAGUGGUAUGUGGAAUCUAAAUGGUAUUGGAACUGCUGUUUGUUAUACUCGACAGUCGGUGAGAUUUUAAAUGUUGAUCAUGUUAAACAAAUGCACUUGUCAUUUGACACAGUCCAGGAAUCAAAUGUUAAUACUGUUAAAUGAUUGUGGUGUUCUGUACAUUGGAACUCUUCAAGUAAAUGACAUUUCUGGACAUCUAUAAUAAUAAUAAACUUUUUAUAUAUCUAA